AUGUGUGUCUCUGAUAAAAAAAAAUAAAAUUAAUUAAUUAAAAAUUCGUAAAAUAACUUAGUCUUAUUUAGCACUAAAUAUGAUUUUAUUUAGGAAAACGUUAUGCUUGAGUUAACAAAUGCAGUCGCUACAAGUUUUAUGUUCCCUUGAUAAUGCUAUACCGGAACUUCAGUAUGCAACAACGGUCAUCGUGCGUGCACGCAGCUCAAAUAUAUCACAGUACAUAUAUGUACAUAUGCUUCUAUAUUUAUGUAUGUGAGAUAAUGCUAAGACAUUGUGCUUAAGGCCUUGCGCCGUUGUAGAAUAGUGUCAGUUCGUAUUCAUUCAGCAACGUAAAUCUAAACAAAAAAGGCUAAAAAUAAAAUUUACGUAGCCAUUAAUAAGACGAAAGAAAUUAAUUUUAAGCGUAUGAACAUAUAUGCAUUUGUAUGUAUAUCUGCAAUGAUUUUUAUGUUUGCAUUUACAGGCAGAUACAUACAUACGUUAUAUGUACAUAUAACUAACGCCUCUUUCUGUAUUUUGAUCUUUAUUAUUUUUUACUGCAUAUUCCUACAUAGGUAUGUAUAACAUAUGAUGACUUAUUUGUAUGUACAUACAUAUGAAUAAAAGUUCAUAAGCACAAAAUUGAUACAAAUACAGUAUUAUAUGCAUACAUAUGUAUGUAAAUAUGUAUACAGAGGAAGUUAAAUAAUAUGAGACACAUUUGCUUAUCUCAACCCCAUUAGACCAUCGCGACAACUAUUUGAUUGUUCUGGAACUGUUUGCGUGGCUUUAUUUCAGUCAUUUCUGUUUGUAGGAUUUCAAAAUUUUCGUAUGUAUUAGUCGACACACAAAAAAUUGCUGACCUUUACAGUACAAUAACACAUACAUAUGAUCAUCUCUCGUUAUAAAGAAAUUGUAUAAUUAAAAAAAAAAAACAUUUCAUAGUUGUAUUUGGCAUUUAUUACAAGUGCAAUGCACCUACACAAGAAUUAUAAACUUUGUAGAUUGCGCUUGUGAAGCCAAAUGCACAUUCUUAAAUAUUUAUGUAAAUAUUUGAAUUGUACAAAUUUUCGAAGCAUCUUUACAUCAAAUUUUAAAUAUUAGUAGAAAUAAUAGUACAUCUAAUGAACAUUUUUGGCACAGUUAAGUAACAUAAAGUAUUUUGAAGUCCCGCUGUCUUAAACGUACGUUUUGAUAGUUUGUGCUAGUUAAACUUAUUAUUUAUAUUAAUGUGUUGAGAUUGUUAAAAGUUACAAAAGGCAAGUGUUAACACAUGAAAACUAUUAUACUAAUAUAGUACUACAAUUAGAUAUUAAAACAUCGAUUCUUUCAAUUCGAGAUAAAGAAUUUGUUCUUUGUUGCUUUUAGAAUCUAAAAAAAAAAAUAUUUAGAUUAGAAUUCAUCAUGACGUGCCAGCGCCUCGCCAAAAUCAGUCGCUUGAGAACCAACGAAGACAUCAUAUUUUUCUAAAAUUUCUUCCUUCGUUAGUUUUUCAUCGUCAUCAUUAUCGGCUUCAAAUACUAGAUGUUUUGCUUCACUCUCGGCGUGAUCAAAAUCUUUCGGCACGAUCCAAGUGCGUACCUCCUCACGGUCCAAAAAGCCGUCCCCAUUUAUAUCACGAAACUUAGCAAAGCCUUCCCGUUCACUUUUAACCCAUUCUGGUUCUUCAUCGUUCGGUUCAGAAUUACGGUACAUGUCGGCAAUGUAUUCAUCCACACUAACUUUGCCAUCUCCGUUGGCAUCAAUGUCCUCAAUUGUUUCCGUUAGUACUAUAUCUUUCAUUAUGGGAUGAUCUUCUGGAUGUAGAAAUGCGGUGAACUCUUCACGUGUUAGUUUAUCGUCUAAAUCUUUAUCAGCAACUCCCCAACGCCGACGAUCCCGUUUUAGUAAGCGUUUGAAAGACAUGCUAUGCUCAUCGUUUUCAAUUUCCUCUUUGUCCAUUGUAUCCAAAAAGCCAUAAACAUUAUCCCGGUAUGCCUCCCAGCUGAUUGUGUCAUUGUUGUCUGGAUUAUGCAUUUUCCACGUACGGUUAACAUCUUCGUCUAUGUAACGACGUUGUGUAUAUUCAAUCCAACGUUUCAGCUCCGAAAGUGUUACAAAUCCAUCUUUGUCUUUAUCAAUUCGAUCAACGAUGAGUCCCAAACGUCGUUUACUCUCUUCCGGCGGUAAUUGAUCAAAUGAUUUUGCUUCAUCUUCACCUAAGAAGGCUUCAUGAUCAUACUGUUUGUUGUGAUGACCACCUUCAAAAUGUUUUUCACCAUCUGAAUCAUGAUCUAACGGACUGUGUAGUGUAUCACCAUCAAUAAUUUCCUCAUCGUCAGGCUUAGGAAUAGCAUAUGCCAAGAAAACUACAUUUAAAAGUAGAAGCAGAGCAAAUGAUAAACGAAACACCACCAUCCUUAUAUCAAUCUCGAUGUCUUAUCAGAAAACUUGUAUUAUUACUAAAUUAUGUAUAAGAAGUUUCUCUGCGAACAAAACUAUUAGAAUCAACAAGCGCUACGAUAAUAAUGCAAUGUUUUAAUUGCCUUCUAUUAAAUCAAUUUUGGUCAACGGAUACGUGUACUUUGACACCAGUGUUGUUCGUUUCGAUAAAUGUAAAACAUUACGUUUAUAAGCGAUACAUUUUUUUUAUUUAAUGGCAUUGGUGUAAUUGAUGUAAGAAGAUUUAAAAAAAAUGUGUAAGCAAUUUUAAAUUUUGUUUAUUAAACAAUUGUAAUUCUAAAUUUCAAAAUAGGGGUUUUUCCUAACGAAAUAUCUAAAACGUAUGAAAUGGUACUACUUUUGCAACCUUGCAACAUUUUUCUUACCUAUAUAGGAAUUACUACACAAAGCUGAACUGUAUAAAAUUUUUUGAAAGCGCGGCGGCUCUGUCAUUCAAUUUUGAAAACGGCGUUUUUGCUUUUGUUGUUGCGGUUCUUUUUUGGUGUGAAAAAUCUAUUUUUCUUUGAUAUUUGUCGAAUUAUAAUAACCGGAAAAGUAAAAUUUAAGGAUAAUUGAGUUUAAUGUGUGAUUAACCGUAGUCCUGUAUAUAUAAAAAUAGAUUAGGAAAUAUGACUACGGAAUCUGCGCUUCCGCUACCUCGCUUGCCCGUACCGGAAAUUCGUGCAGAAAUAGCGUUCCAACACUCGCAGAAACAAAAUCAGAUUUUACAGGAAUAUCGACUUCGCCCACCGAAGCUAAGAUUGGCAAACCGUAGCUACUUAUCGACGUGUAUUUCAACAAAAGCACAUGCGAUAUCAUUCCGUGGUGAAUCUGAUGGCAACUGCAAUGCUUUACCAGAAUUAGAUGCCAAUGGAUUGAGCGGUUCAUAUGAUCGAUCUAUGAACGAAACUUAUUUUGAACAAUGCUUCACGCGCCUUGCAAAAAUUGGCGAAGGCUCAUUUGGCGAAGUUUUCAAAGUGCGUUCUAACGAAGAUGGACGUAUGUACGCGAUAAAAAUGUCAAAAGAAUUAUAUCGUAGUGAGCAUUAUCGUCAAGAGCGACUAGAGGAGGUGCGUCGGUAUGAGCAAUUUUCAGGUCACGCAAAUUUUGUGCAAUUUUAUCGCGCGUGGGAGCAAAACGAUCGUUUAUACAUGCAAAUGGAGCUAUGUCGUGAAAGUUUGGACAGAUAUUUAGUACGUCGUCGACAUAUACCUGAAGAAACAAUUUGGAAUAUUUUACUAGAUUUGUUGCUUGCAUUGAAGAAUCUGCAUGACCAAAAUCUCAUUCAUUUGGAUAUUAAAUUAGAUAAUGUCCUGAUAGGCGAUGACGACAGUUGUAAAUUAGCUGAUUUUGGUUUGGUUAUUGAUGUAGAUAUAGCAAACCGUCAUCAAGCAACAGAAGGAGACUCUCGCUACAUGGCGCCGGAAAUACUACAAGGAAAAUUUUCAAAAGCCGCUGAUAUUUUUAGUUUAGGAGUUGCAAUGCUUGAAUUAUCUUGUUAUUUGGAGUUGCCACACAAUGGACCAUUAUGGCAACAAUUACGUAGUGGAGUUUUACCGCAAGAUUUUAUGAAAAACAUAUCACCGGAACUGGGAGUACUCAUUAGGCAAAUGAUGUCGCCAGAUCCUGAUUCCCGACCAACAGUGGACCAUCUUUUAAGUCAUAAAAAGUUAGUUUGUUUAAUGGAGCGUAGGGAUCGAUGGAAGUUACUAAUAAAAAUGAAACAAACAAUACGGCAUUCACGCAGAGUGGCGUGGUCAAAAUUGUGUAAUUUGAAGCAAAUCAUUUUUAAUUUCGUCACAUCUAUACUUACUGCAUACAUGAACCGCGAUACGGCCAGUAAUGAACACAAACCUAAUGUUUCUCCACUACAACAGCAUCUUAGAGAUAAGCGACCACCUAUGAUCUCCAUGCGUUUACAUGCAUCAACACCUACCGCGGGACACACGCGAAAUACUUCCAUCGAAUUUUUACCAGGGGAAAAUUGCUUGAAUUUAUCUCAGCAAAGCACACCUAUUACCUUUGCGACGCAUAAUAAAAUUGUAAACUCAACCCCUGUAAAUCACAAUAACCACAGUUUCCGCUCACGCAAGGAUUUGACUAAGACAAGUUUUAAAGCGGUAGAGAACGAGUGUGGUAUCGAAAAUUUUAAUGACAUUCAAUCUUCACCAACCGCAAUAAGUCGACCAAAUAGUUUCCUCAAUUUAGAGGACUUGGAACAGAACUCACAAGAUUUUGUCUCUUUGGAUAAAUCGAGUCUUCAAGAGUGCCGAAAAAAACUCUUUACGAAAAUGGAUGAUUAACUGACUACAGAUAUAUAGAGAAAGCUGCUUUGGUAAUAAUUGAAAAUUCAAGCCAAAUUCAUAAGCGUUUAAAUUAAUAUAAUAUUAAUUUAUUAUUGCAUAAUAAUAUUAAUAAUUGCAUACACGCUUCAAGGAAAACGUAUGCUUUUUUACGUUAGACGUAAGCAGAUAAUUUACGUAAUAAUUCUACGCAGGACGCACACACGUAUUUACCAUCUGUAAUAAGUGCUAUUUGCUCAAAAAAAAAGUUAACUGAAAAUUUGAUUAAAAUAAUGUUUGUUUUGUUUUAGUCUGGUAGGAAUGUAAGUUAUAUUUUCGGCGAUACAUAUGUGAUAUGUUAAUACAAUAUACUUUAUACAUACAUGCAUACAAACUUAUAUAAAAAAACUAUUAUAUACGAAAUGCACAAUGCAUAUUUUGUUGAUUUUUAUGAAUCAUAUACAUACAUACAGUAUAGUAGGUGCCUGUUAAUUUUUAUCUGCUAAUGCAAAACUCCUUUAGCCAAAUUAAGUAUGAAAUUUGAAAACAAAUCAAAAAUAAAUAGAUAAAUGCUAAAAAAAA